AUGUUGCGAUCUAAUAAAUGUCGAUCAAUAAAUAAUGAUGAACUUUAUCGAUUUUUAUGUAAUUCAUGUGAUUAUUGCAAAUAUUGUAAAUUUUAUUUUAUUUUUACUGAUAAACAAAUUAAUUAUGUUCAAUCUAAUCAAUCUGAUGAAGAUCCUACUAAAACAAUUCCUAAUAUAAGUCAAUUAUUAGAAAAAACCGAUAAAAUCUAUCGUCAAUUAGUUAAUCAAAAAUCUAUUCUUGAAUAUUUAUUAAUUAAAUUAAAUUCCGAUGAUCAAACUUCAACUUUAAUACCUUCAUUAUUAACAAGAACAAUAACUUAA